AUGAAAUUUCUUUGGUUACUGUCUAUUUUAUUUGCUGCAAAUUAUGUUAACAGUGCUAAUUUUCGUGUGGAUCCCCUUGUUUUAAUCGAACAAGGAUUAGUAAGAGGUCAAAAAUCUAAAGAUAAUGUAUAUUCGUCUUUCUUAGGCAUACCUUACGCGCAGGUGGAUCCUAGCAACCCUUUCGGGCCGGCACUGGCAGCAGCGCCAUUUGAAGAGGAAAUUUUCGACGCGUACGAUGGUUCAGUGAAGUGUCCCCAGAUAAUUGCGUCCUCCACCAGAGGGUCGAAAAGAGAGGUCGGUCAAUUGGACUGUCUUUAUCUGAACAUCUAUGUGCCUAUAACAGCGGGCAUGUUUAAUCCACUGCCUGUUUUAGUAUGGAUACAUGGGGGACAGUUUACUACCGGCAGUGGUGGAGAAUACGAUGCGCAUGAUUUAGUCAAACAAGGGAUCAUCGUCGUUACUAUUAAUUACCGACUAGGACCUUACGGAUUUAUGUGCUUAGACACCCCUUUGGUACCAGGUAACCAAGGGCUUAAAGAUCAGUAUACUGCUUUACGUUGGAUAAGAAAAAAUAUCCGGGCGUUCGGAGGCAAUCCUUAUAAUAUUACAAUAGGGGGUCAAAGUGCGGGUGCCAGUUCGGUUUUACUUCAUCUAUAUUCUGAUAAAGAAAAACUCUUCAAUAAAGCUAUCGUAGAGAGUGGCACUCCACAAAGUGAAGGCAUGUUUGUUAAUGGAGACGUAGAUGCAGGUUUAAAACUAGCUGCACACCUUGGUUUUAAUACAUCUGAUACUCAAGAAGCAUUAACAUUCCUGGCGGGCAUAUCUCCUCAUUUACUUACAGCAGCGGCAGCAGAUAUUAACUUAAAAGUAGGUCCUUGUAAAGAAAAAUCUUUUAGCGGUGUGGAAAAUUUCGUUGAAACUGAUCCAUUUUCUUUAUCUAACGAAAAGAAAGUUAGAAAUACUCCCAUACUAAUUGGUCACACAAGCAAAGAACAAUACGGAUUCCUGAAAAAUUACGGCGAAAGCUAUUUCAAGAAAGAUCCAUUUUACGAAAAGCUUCGUAAUAAUUUCAAUCUAAACGAAGAGCAAUUGACUGAAGCAGCAGACAUAGUGAAACACUUUUACAUUGGCGACAGAGCGAUCUCAGCAGAGGUAUCAUCGGAAUUGGAAAGUUUUGAAUCAGAUUUCAUGCAUAAUCAUCCAACUCAACGAACGAUUACGAAUCUGCUGAAUGAGAAAGCACAUCCAUUAUAUGAAUACGAAUUUAGCUACGUUGGUGACUCUCGCGGAGAAGCUGCAGCGCAUUCAGCUGAAAUCAAUUUUCUAUUUCCAGCAUCUAACACAAAUAAUGACAAUAAUGACCAAUUGAUAAUAGAUCGUAUUACCACUCUAUGGGCGAACUUUGUCAAAUAUGGGAAUCCCACACCAAUGACUACCGAAUUAUUACCUGUUACUUGGGAACCAGUUAUCGCAAAUACCAGACCAUACUUGGUGAUCGAUACAGAUAUGAAGUUAGAGCACAGGAUACUCAACAGUAGGAUGGCUUUCUGGGACCUCUUCUACUCAUUCUACGGAAAAUUGAAUAAACUUGCCCGAGAGUGUGAAAUCUAA